GGCUCUGAGCUAGCUGACAGCGUGCUUCUGCACAACGAUGGCGGUGUUGUCUCUUCACGCUUCCUCUGUCGGUCCAAGGAUCCAUCACUCGCCAGCUCCCCAACUCGCCAGCUCCCCAACUCGCCAGCUCCCCAACUCGCCAACUCCCCAAGUGCCCAGCUCGUCAAUCCGCCAGCCACCGCCGCUGAUGUAAUAUUGCAGAACAGCUCUCGUCACGAUGUGAUUGGCCGCUUUUCCGAAGAGCCGCAAACGCCAUCGUGUGACAGCCUAGCCUUAGGUACAGCGAAAUCUCCCACAUACAGUGCUCGUUUACAGCCUCAGCCGCAUCGAUCUCCCUCCUACCUCCGCCCACAUUUCCAUACUCACUCACCAACUCACCAACUCCUUCCCCCGUCCAAUCCUCCAGACUCUCCUAUUCCCCAACAAUGCCAUCCAUACCUACCUUUCUCCAUAGAAUCCAUGUACAAAAAUGAAGCAAUCCCACAGCCAAAACGCGCUCUUUACCUUCGCAGUCCACCAGCAUCAAAACAAGCCUAA